AUGCGCUUCCAACAUGCGCAGGCGGCGGUGAACCAGCACACGGAGAUCGUGACGGCGUGUUGCUGGACGCCCGAGAACGACGUCGUCACGUGCAGCGACGACAACACCAUCGUGCGCUGGCGCAUGGACGGCGAAGUCGUCGGCAAGAUUGCGUCCACCGACAACUUUGUCACGAGCGUCGACUGGAUCCCGUCCGUGGGCAAGCAAGGCGGCGACCUCUUUGUCAUUGGCUGCACCGACGGCUCGUUCCGGCUCAUGUCCAAGAACGGCCGCGAAGAGAAAAAGGUCAUUGCGUGCGAGGCCGGCGCGGUGGUCGCGCUGCAGUGGAACUACGAUGGCACUGCGCUUGUGACCGUUGGCGAAGACGGCUCUGUCAAGGUGUACUCGCGCAGCGGCAAUCUUCGGUCGACGCUCGCCAACACAGGCACGGCCGUCUACGCCGUGUGCUGGGGCCCGGACAAUGACCAAAUCCUCUUUACCAACGGAAAGAAUCUCGUCAUCAAGACGAUCCAGGUCGGGCGCAAGGACAUCCAGUGGAAGGCGCACGACGGCAUGAUCAUGUGCAUCGACUGGAACCCGAUCAACAACCGCGUGAUUUCCGGCGGCGAAGACCGGAUUUUUCGCGUCUGGGACGGCUUUGGUCGCCAACUGUACCAGAGUCCGGUCUGCGAACACGUCAUCACGUCGAUUGCGUGGAGCCCAAAGGGCGACAUGUUUGCCGUCGGCGCCUACAACAUGCUCCGGCUCUGCGAUAAGACGGGGUGGUCGUACUGCCGUGAGCGCCCCAAGACCGGGUCGCUCAUGGACAUUGCGUGGGCGUCGGACGGCACGCAGCUCGUUGCGGCCGGUGGCAACGGCGCAACGCUCUUUGCCCAAGUCGUCGACCGGCAUCUGCAAUGGAACAAGAUCGAGGUGACGCUCAAGGACCCGCGCAAGAUUGUGGUGCACGAUGUCAUGAACGAGACGGUCGAGGAGCUCGAUUUUGUGCGGGACCGCGUGAUUGAAAUGUCGCUGGGCUACGGCUUUCUGCUCGUCUGCACGGCGACGCAGUGCUUUAUCUACAACUCGACCAACUGGAACACGCCGCAUAUCUUCGACUUGCGCGCGGCCGUCAACUUUAUCAUCCAAAGCGAGUGUCACUUUGUGACCGUCGACAACUUUAAUGGUAUUCAGGUCUACUCGUACGAAGGCCGGACGGUGAGCAACCCCAAGUUCUCGGGCAUGCACGUCGAGUUCCUGAACCGCAUGACGGUCUCGCUGAGCACGGACACGAUCAGCAUACUCGACCAUGCAGACCGCAAGACGAUUCGGUCCUUUGAGAUUAACUCGGGCAAGGCCCUCCCGGUGGUGUUUCACCACUCGCUCGAGAUUGCCGAGCUCGCGCUGAGUCACUAUGGGCAGUCGAGUGACCGAAAGCUCUUCUUCAUCGACACGAACCGCGACCUCCACCUCGCACGUGUGACGCACAAGGGCACGUUUAAGCUCCAGGCGCAAGUCGACACGGCAGCGUGGAACGACGCGUCCGAGAUGCUGGUCGCGAUCUCCGAUGCCAAGGUGUUUUGCUGGCUGUACCCAAACAUAGUCUACGUCGACCGGACUCUGCUCCCCGAUGCCAUUGAAGUCAAAGACGGCAAUGACUUUAUGAAGCUCGCACAAAUCACGUCGUUUGUUGGUCCUCGCUUCACGGUGCGUCGCGCGGACGGCGCGAUCCUCGCUGGUGCCGUCUCGCCGUACCCGACGGUGCUCUACGAGUUUACCGCGUCAAGCGAGUGGGACAAGGCCGUGCGUCUCUGCCGCUUUGUCAAGUCGCGCGCGCUCUGGACCACGGUCGCCGGCAUGGCCCUCCACAAGCGGCAUUUGGAGACAGCCGAGGUCGCGCUGGCCGCGAUCGACUCGGUCGACAAGCUGCACUUUGUGCUCUAUGUCAAGAAUCUCGUGAGCGAAGCGCGGCGCAUGGCCGAGCUCGCCUUGUACGGUGGCGCUAUCGACGAGGCCGAGGGCAUUUUGCUCCAAGCCAACCCAUCGCCGCUCGUCUAUCGUGCGAUCAAGAUGAACAUUCGGCUCUUCCGGUGGGACCGAGCGCUCGACUUGGCCAUCAAGCACACCACCGCGGCUGGCACGCAUGUCGACACGGUGCUUGCCUACCGCCAGCGCUUCCUUGCGGCCAACAAGAUGGAGGAGACGGACAAGAAGUUUCUCCAGUACAUGCAGCAGUUUCCAAUCGAAUGGGAUAAGAUCUCGGAGAAGAAGGUCCUCGAGCGCGAGCGCGAAGUGCAAGGUGGCGGCAGUCGGCGCAAAUAG